AUGCAAGCCUUGAGGAAGGAGGUGGAGCAAAGGGACAACUCGGACCAUGGUCUGCGUCGGGCGUACCGGCGGCUGGCGUUGGAGAACCAUCCAGACAAGGGUGGAAGUAAUGAGCUUGCUUCAGACCUCACGGCGCUGCGUGACAACUUCCUCCGGGACCCAUUGCACUUCCAGGUCUUCAGAGCCACGUUUGCAGCGGAGCUCUCGACCUUCGGAGCUGCGUCCCAGGGACGGUGGCGGCAUGUCAACGCCAGUGUGGAGCUGCGCGAGGGCUGGCCGUACAUCCAGGUUGAAGUUGAGCUGGAUCACGGCGGGCUGCUGCUGAAUGGGGGCAGCUGGACGUUUGCCUUUGGCUUGAAGAAUGCCAGCACCGUCCACUACCGUGGGGAUGAGCGCUCCGGCGGCUAUGACGUCUGCUGCGACUUUGUUCAAGACUCGCGGUGCCAGCGCCGGCCAGUGCACAGCGCCAAUAGCUCCGAGCCCAAAUGCCAGCCAAACUCUGGCAGGGAAUGUCACGAGAACAGCAGCAACUUGAGCAGUCCGUAUACAGUUUCCGACUGUCCUUUGCCACCCUUGCUUACCGCCUCCGUCAGGAGGCCGCUCCACCUAAACAUGACCGGCCAAUGGGGAGCAGCGCUUCAGGUCAAAGAUGCUUCCGGCAAGGAGGUUGCCUGCGUUGCCUUCGCAUUUGCGCACUCGAUGCAGCAGAUGCAGCCGGAGACGGAGUCCCUGCCGAAAGGCAAUGGAGACGAUCCAGGACUCGACACCAACAGUACUUCAACGCACCAGCGAGGUGCAUCGGAUCGGCCUCCGCCAGAGGUGUCUUUUCAGCACAUUGGCAGCGGCCAGUUCUGCGAAGAUGGCGGUGACUUGCUGGAAGGUGCCUUGGACGACUACGGCGGUCUAUCCCCGUUUGGAGGUGCUCGAAGAGCGAGCGCCGAAAGCUCGAUGUUCUAUGGCUCCAGAUGCCGCGAGCGCUGCCGUCGCAAAGUGAAUUGUCGAUUCUACACUGCCUACAGCAGUGGUUGGUGCCAGCUCUCGAGCCGCUGCCUGUUGGCCAGAGCCGGCGAUCCUUUGGCUGUGACCUUUGCAAAGACCCCUCGCGCUUAG